AUGCCAAGCACUCCAAGUGGGUUUCGAAGCACAUUUUUUCAUGUCAAGCAGCGUAUUAGUCCCAACAAUUCUAUCGAACGAGGCGUUAGUGCUACAACAAAGCGUCUUGCCUCUCAGGGCAGCUCAGAUGCUAAGGAGUUAGCUGCGAGUGAAGACAAUAAUGAAACAAGCAUCUCAGACAAGCUGGAUCAACCUUUGGACGAUGGAAACGAGGACAUCAAUAAUUUGAGCGAUCUUCACCGCUCAGACGAAGAUGAAGAUGAAGAUGACGACGAUGACGAGGUCGACGAUGACAUGGAUGUUGGUGAGCGCAUUGAUAUGCCAACGUACGACUCAUCACAAACAACGGCCUUGAAGAAAUCUUCAGAUCUAGAGGAGGUUGAUUCGAACGAAAAACCGUUUGUUAAUCCCGAAAGUUCUGAAAGUGAACGAAGGUUUUUGAAAAAUUGCAUCAAGUGUAUAAAGCCCUUGUGCUUUGAUGAACCUUGGAUAAACAAAACAUUGGUAAAAGCAACCUAUAUGUCUCCUGUCGAUAUGAGAUAUUAUGGUAACCAAGCCGGAUUAAAGCAAAGAGCAGAUGAAACAGCAGGGGUCUUAACCAAUGCUUCGUCCGAUAGAUCAGCUAAAGGCCAUUUUCCGAGAACAAAGAGAUGUCUCUCUUUCACGAAACACCAUGGCUCCGAUCAGUCUCCACCUGUUUGCACACCUAGUCAUAAAUUGCGGGAAUAUGUCGUUGGCUCGCAUCUGCUAGUUCCCAGGGAGUUUUGA